GAGGCAGUUCAGGGUGGUCAGCCUGCCCUCCCCCCUCCUCUGUCCUCUCCUCCACUCCUCCCCCCUUCACACAGCUAUCCUUCAGAGUUCUCAGCUGUCUUGAAUGCCCCUUUGAUGACAAAAUCUUCCCACAAAAAGAACCUCCUCACCACCUUUCUGUUCAAGUGAGACAAGCACAACAACGGCCUCAGAGUGUAGAGCUUGGUGUGACAGGAGGAACCUCCAACUUUGUCAGCAGCAAAAUGGCAGACAUGUCAGUGGAAGAGAUCACCAUGAGGGCCAACCAAGUGACCGAUGAGUCCUUGGAGAGCACCAGGCGGAUGCUACAGAUGGCUGAGGAGAGCAGGGAGACUGGUGUCAAGACCAUUGACAUGCUGGACCAACAGGGGGAGCAACUGAAGCGUACGGAGGUGGGUAUGGACCAAAUCAACCAGGAUAUGAGACAGGCUGAGAAGAACCUGACUGACCUGUCCAAGUGCUGUGGCCUCUGUGUCUGCCCCUGUGACAGGGUGACGUCCAUAGAGCAUGACUCUAAGUACAAGCGUACCUGGGGAAUGGGUGAUGGUAGCGGUGGAGGAGGAGGAGGAGAGGGAGUGGACAGCUCGGUGGUGUCCACUCAACCAUCAGGUGUCCGUAAUGGACAGGCCAACCAGCAGCAGUCCAUGGGGGGACCUUACAUCAAGAGGAUAACCAACGAUGCUCGGGAGGAUGAGAUGGAGGAGAAUCUGGACCAGGUGGGCAGCAUCAUAGGUAACCUGAAGAACAUGGCCAUGGACAUGGGCUCUGAGAUAGACAAGCAGAACAAACAUAUCGACCGCAUCACAGAUAAGGCGGACAUGAACAAAGCACGUAUCGACGAGGCCAACCAGCGAGCUAACAAGCUCAUCAAGUAGAACGACCUGCUCUCGCUUCCACAUCAUCCACUUUGACUCUCUGCCUCAGCUUGCAUGUGCACACAUGUACAUACUAGUGUUUAAAUAUACAAUACAUACACACACUCACACCUUGAACAAAGAUAAUCAACCAGGACAACAACAAAAAACAUUGAACCACACUUGCCUUCUCUGUAAUGAUAUGUAAAUAUGCACACACACACUCACACUCUUAUUGUGCCUUUUAUGACAAGUCAAAAGUCCUCACCCGGGUCCCCAUCCCUAGUAUGUGACCCGGUGAAUCACUUCUCCAGGCGUUGUGAGAUCUGGGCCCAUAUUCAUAAAGCGUCAGUGUAGGAGUCCUAAUGUGAGAGAAGUUGCGCGAGACGGGGGACCCGCUCCUAGAUCAGCACUCCUACACUGAAAUGCUUUAUUUAUACGAGCCCUGAUAAUCUGCCGUGCGUUCUAGGAGUAUAACGUGGAACUCAACCAGAUUCACAGCCGUAUGUGUCUGUUGCCCCCCGGAGGUCUAAAGGUGUCACAGCAGCUGUAUCCUCUUCGGGGUAUGCAGGGAGAACGUUAUGAGAGACGAUGCUUUAGGUCAUGGGUGUCAAAAAAAAAAAAUCCCCGGGGGCCGCAUUUGAUCUUCAAUGAGGUCCGGAGGGCCGCACUGAAAAUCGCUUAUAUUUCCUCGCCGUCAAAAUUAGCUUGUGGCAUUUUCGAUGCUCCCUGACUGUCUAGCUUUCAUUUUGGUGAUUUAUUGGCGAGCUGGACACAGCCAAGAAACUGUAUAAAUGUAGGUCCAUUUUGAAUUUUUACAGUUUCGAUUUGGUUUUUGUCAUUUUUAAGUAUAUUGAGUUUGUUGGACCCCCCCCUCAUGCAGCCGUAUGUUUAACACCCCUGCUUUAAAUCGUAUAAUUUGGUUCCUGGCUCUUGUAAUUAUUGUUAUUGUAUCCAAUUGUUAUUGUUUGAAAUUAUGUGCCUAUUUAAUUAUUCGUAUAAAGCAGAAAUGACUUGUGAAUAACAUUAGCUUUUUUUAACCCCCCCAUUUAUCCCUGUUUAAUGCAAUGGUUGAUCUAUUAAGUUCUAUGUUGGAAGUCCCUUAGAAUUGUAUCAGUAUCUCUUUGAUCAAGAGUAACAACUAAUAUUAAUGAAGGAUCUUAGCAUGGUUAGACUCCCCUCGGCUAGCCUGAGUGCCAGUCUGUUUGUGCAAAACUCCUUGCCCCUCAUUACAAUGAGCGAUGGAGUUGGUAACAGUACAAACAGAUCUGGGACCAGGCUACACCUCUGUCACCAAUGGAUCAAAUGCUGUACUUCAUCUCAAUGUUAUUUCACUGAUUUGUAUUUGAACUGCCUCAUUGUCACCCGAGAGAGGCCUUACUGCCUGUUUCUUGGAAAGGGCAAAGUGGCUGCGUUGUAACAGCCUUGUCCCCAAAGCGGCUCUUCUAUCUGUCGGUAACCUACUCAUCCAGAAAUUUCCCAUCAGUUUCUUUCCUUACUUUCAUUAUAAAUAUUUCUAAGAAAAUGUUAUGUUCUUCUGCAUUCAGGUAUACUUUUGGUCAGUUAUUGAUUUCCUACAGAGUGAACUAAACUAUUAUCCAAGGCUGUAUUUAAACCAAAGUGACACUUAAAGACUUCAGAGUGUCUUAAUAUUAGUCGUUAAUGCUAGAGCUACUGCUACGUUAUACUUCUGUCUUGAUGCUGUGGGGUUACCGACUGUAAUGUAAACUCAGCAACUGCCUCUUUUUAAAUUUGAAUAUGUCGAGGAACACAGCUUGUUCUGUCUGGAGGAUUGUUUAACAUAGUAAAAGUGCCUUUCUAUUUCAGCAACAGAUUUCUUUCUGUUUAAAAGUAAAUUGUUAUAUUUCUAUAAUUCAUUAAACUCUUCAGUAAAACCUU